AUGGAGAAGGCACGCCUUAGGCAGCAGGUUAUCGCCGACCACUUGAGUCCUGGUCCGGUUUUUCAGCGAACCGAUUUGGUUGCGUCCCCGUGCCUUGCUGGGGACAGCGCGGCGUAUGCUCGCACUGCUGGCUAUGAUGACGAUGUCGUAAUUGUCAGUGCGCGUCGCUCGGCCCUUACAAAGGCCAAACGUGGCGCCUUUAAGGACACCCUUCCGGAUGACAUCCUGGCGCCGGUGCUUAGGGCUGUUGUUGAUGAGGCUGGAGUGAGGCCAGAGGAGGUUGGAGAUAUUGUUGUGGGAACUGUUCUUGCUCCUGGAAGCCAAAGAGCGAGCGAAUGCCGGAUGGCUGCUCUUUUCGCUGGCUUUCCUGAUACCGUGCCUGUGAGGACGGUGAACAGGCAAUGCUCGUCUGGUCUUCAAGCGGUUGCUGACGUGGCUGCGUCUAUCAAGGCUGGAUAUUACAAGAUCGGCAUUGGUGCUGGGUUGGAAUCUAUGACUGUCAACCCUAUGGCUUGGGAAGGGAGCGUCAACCCGAAGGUUGAGAUGAACCAGAAGGCUCAGGAUUGCCUUCUGCCUAUGGGGAUCACAUCAGAGAAUGUUGCUGAGCGAUUUGGAGUCAAUCGGAAGGAGCAAGACGAUAUUGCGGUGAAGUCUCACAAGAAGGCUGCAGCUGCAACUGCUGCUGGAAGGUUUCGUGAUGAAAUCGUCCCCAUCAGCACCAAGAUCGUUGAUCCGAAGACCGGUGAUGAGAAGCCAAUCGUUGUCAGUGUUGAUGAUGGCAUUCGUCCCGGAGCUACCAUGGCUGACCUUGCUAAGCUCAGGCCAGUCUUUAAGAAGGAUGGAACAACCACAGCUGGAAAUUCCAGCCAAGUGAGCGACGGUGCUGGAGCGGUGCUGCUGAUGACCCGUGGAGAAGCACUUCGUCGAGGAAUCCCCAUCCUUGGAGUUUUCAGGAGUUUCUCCGUCGUUGGAGUUGAUCCUGCUGUUAUGGGGAUCGGGCCUGCGGUCGCCAUCCCUGCUGCUGUCAGUGCAGCCGGAUUGGAGGUCGACGACAUUGACCUGUUUGAGAUCAACGAGGCAUUUGCUUCCCAGUUCACCUAUUGUGCUCGCAAGCUUGAGCUUGAUGAGGAGAAGAUCAAUGUGAACGGUGGAGCGCUUGCUAUUGGUCAUCCCCUCGGAGCCACAGGGGCACGGUGUGUGGCAACGCUCCUGCAUGAGAUGAAGCGACGAGGAGUUGAUUGUCGAUUUGGUGUUGUGUCCAUGUGCAUUGGAACUGGCAUGGGUGCAGCUGCUGUCUUCGAGCGUGGUGACUAUUGGUCGUAUAGGAGUGACUGCUACUUCAAACAUACCAUAGCAAUGGUACUUCUGACACGAAAGUACAAUAGCUGUUUCCUGGAUCCUGGCCUAGUUCCCUAG